AGAGUGAAGUCAGUAGCAGGAAGUGACACCUCACAAACCCCACAAAGCACAAGUAUUUAUAUUUAACAAGUCAAAUCUUUAGAUGCAGUGUCAUUAGUGUGUAUGAGUACAGAAGAAGCACCAUGGUCCCAUUCAGAUGGAUUUUAUUCUCUCUACUAAUACUUCAGUGUAGAGGGAACAGUACAACAGCAGCACAACCAAGAACAUCAAACUCAACAAGUACAACUACAAUUAAACCUACUCCAACAAAUGGAACAGAAAUGAUUUCAUCAGGGGACAGCACAACAACAACAACAUCAAACUCGACAAAUACAACUACUAUAUCACCAUCAAGCCAAACUACAUCAAUAAAUGGAACAAAUGGAAAAGAAAAAACAGAAUUGUUAAAAUGGCUCAUCAUUGUUCUUGCGGGAACUGUGGUGCUAAUAAUUGUUACAGUGAUUAUCAGAUGGAAAAAAUCAAAAGGAAACAAAACACAGGUGGAAGAAACGACUAAGGUGGCGGGUGAACACAGCUGCCAAAAAAAUGCUGAUGAUGAAGAUGUCUCCUAUGUCUCUGUCAGUUUUAUCAGGAGGUCCAAGUGUAAAGCCAAGGUCUGUAAUGAUAAUGAUGAUGAAGAUGACACUGUGACUUACAGCACUGUGAAAAGUUCUUCCUCUUCUGCUGGCGUUUCCAGUGAUCCCAGCAACCUCUAUUCCACCAUCAACAAACAAAAGAAACAAGUUCCAGCCUGAAGGUUACAUUCUUUUUUCUGAUUGAUUGUUUGCAUUAUAUGAUAAAUAUGUAAAAAACAUUUCUAAUUUUUCUUUAACUAAAAAAAGGAAAAAAAUGACCUGCAUUUGAUGUGAUGACAAAUGCCAUCGACACACUGGCUAAAGUUUCCCACCUUUUCUUUAAGUUGAGUUUUAGGA